AUGAGGCAUCGGAAAACUGAAUUAAAAUGUCCAAUUUGUUUAGAGAAGUUCAACACUCCCAAAAAGUUACCUUGUUCACACACGUUUUGCGAGCCCUGUAUCCAAAGUUAUGUUCAAGCAGAAACCACAGAAGAAACUAAAUUCUUCCGCUGUCCCCUGUGUCGUUUCAAGAUAGAAUGGUCAACCCUGUCAGCUAGUGAAUGGACCCAGUCUAAGCUACAAACAGAUUACAUGAUUUUGGCUCUUCUUGAACGUGAAACAAAUGACUCAACACCCAAACAAGUAUAUUGUGAACCGUGCAAGAUUGCCAACGAAAAGAAUGUAGCAGUUCAUCAUUGCACAGAUUGCAAAGAGUUUUUUUGCGAACAAUGUUUUAACUAUUUACAUAAACGUAAGAUAGACAAUAAUUUGCACACUGUGACAGGUAUAACACAAGAUACAGAUCUGAAACCUCUGGAAAUGGAUGAACCAUGUCCUCUUCAUUCUGGAAAAGUUCUGGAAGUGUUUUGUUUUGAUCAUAAAAAGCUGUGUUGUAGUAUCUGCUUUGCGACUGAUCACAGGAAAUGCGAUACCGUGACUUCUCUGGAUGAAAUAGCAAAUGAGAAAAAAGAACAGGAAGAAAUCUAUAUAGAUGAUUUCUUAAACAAACUGUCGGACGUUGAACAAUGUACAAAAUCAGCUGUAGACAAAGCAAAGGAAAAUCUCGGUCGGAUAAAUGGUGACAAAGAAUCAAUGCUCCAGUCCAUUGCAGACAUCAUAUCCAGUACAAAGUCCCAUUUGGAUACUCUACACGAAGAACUGAAACUUUCAAUAGAAAAGAAAUUUUCAGACACUGAAAACUGUCAACAGUUCGAUAUAGAAUGCUUAGUUGCCUUUCAGAAAACGUUAUUCCAUGACAAAGGCAUUAUUGAAGCAAUUAAAGAACAUGGCAGUAGAAAACAAAAGUUUGUCACCUUGGAGAAAACAAAAGAUGCACUUGAAAAACACUUUAAAAGGCUCUGUCUGGCAUAUAACUUUUCUGAUUCAAAAAAAUACGUCUUAGAUAUCGAAGAUGAAUUAAAAGAUGUGCAAACGCUUUCAACUUUAGCUACUUUGCCGUUGCAGCAAUCAGGGGAAAACAUUAUGACAGAUAUCAAGAACAAAUUAUGUCCGUUAGGCUGUAUUGGUGACCAAGUUACAUUUCAAGGAUCUUUUCCAGUGAGUGAUGUCUCUAAAUUACCGCAGUUCAGUGGACCCUUCUUUCAUGCAAAAACACUGUCAAAGUGGGUACUUAAACUUUCAAAAAAGGACGGUAUGUUAAGUAUGUUUUUAAGAUGCCUCUCCGCCGAUUGUACUGACAGUUCAUAUGAAAUAUCAACAGAAUUCCGCCUUGUGAAUGAAGCUGACAGGGAAAAGGACAUAAUUAAGAAAUAUUUCAAUGAACGAUUCUUGUAUGAUAGUCCACAAAAGGGCUGCUCGUCAAUUAUAAAUUGGCGAAUUCUGGAAAAUGAAUACAUCUCCAAUGAUAUGAUGAAAAUACAGGUCAAAGUAUGGUGAACAAGUGUAUGUACUUUCAAUUUCACAUCGACAUAUUUUUAUGAUUAGUUGCCCCGUGAAGUCAAAUUCAAUGGUAUUCAACCAAUCAUAACAUUGCUCAUUGCGCUAGAGUGACAUUAUUAAUUUUUUACUUAUUGAAGGGAAGUGUGUGCAUGGGUCGGUGAGACUUAAUUUUUGUUGUGUUUAUACUUUACCCGAAACGUCACGAAGAUUAUAUAAAAAUUUGCAUAAUUAAAUCAUAUACAUGGCUAUGCAUGCUAUAUUUCAUUUUCCAAGUAGAUUUAAACGUAUACCAUUAGUAUACUUUAUUGUUAAACUUUCAUGUUAAAUACUGAAAUCUGAUUGGUAAAGACGCAGUUAAUAAUAUUUACUAUUACCCUCAGCGUUAGCAACGCACUUGGCAACGGGUAACAUUAAAAAUUGUUAUACUUUCAUGUUAAAUACUGAAAUCUGAUUGGUUAAGACGCAGUUAAUAAUAUUUACUAUUACCCUCAGCGUUAGCAACGCACUUGGCAACGGGUAACAUUAAAAAAUGUUACAGGCGCGAAAAUUAUGCGCGUACGGUUCGCUGUAGAAUUCACGUUAUUCCUAUAUAAAAGCAGUAAAAUUUUCUUGAAAUUUUUAAAAAAAGACAUUCAGUAUAACAAAAUAAAUAGUGCCUGUUUGGGAGGAUAACAGUUGAAAUUGACACCCCUCGAAAACCAUUGUCAACCUCCGCUUCGCGUCGGUUGACAAUGGUUUUCUCGGGGUGUCAAUUUCAACUGUUACCCUCCCAAAC